UAUGUGUCCUGUUUCUUGUUUCAAUAUGUUGUGUCUUCUGAUUCAUGUAAUCCAUGGAUGAAGACCUGCAUUUCCAUUCUGGUCAGACCUACUGAUCCUUCCUUCCUUCUCUCCUUCCUUCCCUCCCUCCCUCUCUCUUUUCCUUUCUUUCUUGCAUGCUCAGCUAUUUACUUAACUUGUGUUUAAGUUCCAACUCUGCUUCUGCAGGAACACCAGGUAUUCCAGGAUCAAAAGGUAUUGAUGGACCUCCGGGGAAUCCAGGUGUCCCAGGACCACCUGGGCCUCCAGGGGAAGUGGGGCGUCCCGGCCCCCCGGGUCUUGCAGGGGAAAAAGGACAGCCUGGCCGAGAUGGCAUUCCAGGACCAGCGGGGCAGAAAGGUGAACCAGGUCAACCAGGGUUUGGACGCCCCGGACCGCCAGGACUUCCAGGACUAUCAGGUCAAAAAGGCGACUCUGGUUUACCUGGACCCCCGGGAGCUCCUGGAGCCCCCGGUCUCAAGGGGGAAACGGGUCUCCAGGGAUUUCCUGGCACUCAAGGUCCACCAGGCCCUCCAGGACUUCCUGGGCCACCUUCCGAAGGACCUAAGGGUAGCCCUGGGCCACCUGGAAUACCGGGGAGACCAGGUCUGCCUGGUCCUGAAGGCCCCCGUGGACCCCCUGGAACUGCAGCAGUUAAAGGUGAAAGAGGAAAUCCUGGCCUCCCCGGCCAGCCUGGGCUUCCUGGUUUAAAGGGAGAUCAAGGAUUACCGGGACGCCCUGGUGAUCCUGGUCGUCCAGGCCUGAAUGGAAUGAAAGGGGAUCCAGGUGUUCCCGGACUUCCAGGAUUCCCAGGUAUGAAGGGUCCCCUUGGACCUCCAGGACCACCUGGCCUUGGAGGAGAGCCUGGACUUCCUGGUUCUCCAGGUUCUCCAGGGAUACCAGGCCCAGCUGGACAAACAAUUGUGGUAAAAGGUGACCCAGGACCACCAGGUCCACCGGGGCAACCUGGACUGAAAGGUCUACCUGGACUGCCAGGACCUCCAGGUCUUCCAGGUCCCAUUGGCCUUCCUGGUGAUACCGGACGGGAUGGACGUCCUGGAUUUGAUGGUCCGGGUGGCCGAAAAGGAGAACGGGGACUUCCAGGCCAACCAGGUUUUCGGGGUUCGCAGGGCCCCCCUGGCCCGGAUGGAUUACAAGGCCCGCCUGGCCCUCCCGGUACCGCUUCAGUGGCCCAUGGCUUCCUGAUCACUCGCCACAGCCAAACCACGGACACGCCCUUCUGCCCUCAAGGAACCAGCCGUGUCUAUGAUGGAUUUUCUCUUCUCUACGUGCAAGGGAACGAGAGGGCCCACGGACAAGACUUGGGCACCGCCGGCAGCUGCCUCCGCCGUUUCAGCACCAUGCCUUUUAUGUUCUGUAACAUCAACAACGUGUGCAAUUUUGCAUCAAGAAACGACUAUUCUUACUGGCUCUCUACCCCUGAGCCGAUGCCGAUGAGCAUGGAGCCCUUAACUGGAAAGAGCAUCCAGCCCUUUAUUAGCCGGUGCAUUGUCUGUGAAGCCCCUGCCAUGGUGAUCGCGGUCCACAGCCAAACCAUUCAAAUCCCAACAUGUCCGCCCGGCUGGAGCUCCCUGUGGAUCGGUUAUUCUUUCAUGAUGCACACCAGUGCUGGUGCAGAGGGAUCUGGACAGGCGUUGGCUUCCCCCGGCUCCUGCCUGGAAGAAUUCCGCUCUGCGCCCUUUAUUGAGUGUCAUGGUCGAGGGACGUGCAAUUAUUAUGCCAAUUCGUACAGCUUCUGGCUAGCAACUGUGGAGGUGGCCGAAAUGUUUAGCAAACCUCAGUCAGAAACCCUGAAGGCUGGGGAUCUGAGGACACGUAUUAGUCGAUGCCAGGUAUGCAUGAAGAGGACGUAAUCCCUUGGAGACUGUUUCAAAAAGACACACACAGAGAACGACGUCAACCGAACAACUUUGGGUGCACUGUCCUUCAGCUAUAACAAUGGUGCUAUUAUGCAAAGCAGAGAAGAAGAAAAAACUUUAUAAAAGAAGAAGAGGAAAAUCCAAGCAAUGCAGAUUCCAGUGUAUCCCCCUCUCCCAGAUUGCCAUCUUGAAGGCAAUUAUCUUCUGGUGCAGUUUUUAAAUGCUUUUUUUUUCGUUCAAGAACUGACCUCUUGAAAACAAGAUUUUGGAGACACUUGAGGGGUCGCUAAGGAAGGGGACGUGAAGGCGCCCCCUUCUCUCCCCCGCCCCGAAGGGCCGAGAGGGACACCAUUUGCCAAAAUGGCCUCAGAAGCAAACCAAAUGCACUGUGAGGGUUCUACGGAGAUGAUGCUACAGUUCUGCCAACAGCCCAACUUCAUGGUGCUACUAACCCUACUGUAUUCCCGGUUUUUAAUAUGAAAUGUUUAAGCUUAUUUUUUCCAUUGUAAGUAAUGAAAUGUGUAUAUUGUGUAAACACAUAAUUUUUUUUCAGUUUUCAGUGUCUCAAUCAUCUAGACACCAAUCAGCCUAAAAAUCACCUGCUUCGCCAAAGGAAAUCAAACAACCCUAUAUAUAUAAAAGCUGAAAAAUACCCACUGAAAGCAAGAAACAAGAUUGUAUAGCCAAUAAAACAGUCAUGGGAAGUUACGUUCCUCUUGAAGCAACCUACUACUGAGUUUUAAAAAUUUAUAUUUCCUUCUCUGGUCACAUUUUAUUUGAAAAUGUCUAAUAAUGCUGUAGCCAUAUUUCUUUUUUGAAAUGCAGGGCUGUUAAGAUGUCUAUUGCUGUAUGCCACACUCUUGAUUUUAAUUGUUCUUCAAAGCCAAAUAAGAAGGAAAAAAAUGUAAAGGGUUUUUAUUUUUACAUAUUCUGUUAAAUAUUUGAAGAUGCACAGCUGUAUUCUGUAUUCUUCUAUAAGAAAGACAAAAGUCAUAUCCAUUCGUAUAGUAUUGCCCCUUGGAAAUAGUCAGGUAACACAAAAUGCCAUAAUAUUAUUUGUACAUGCACUCAUGAGACAGUUUUUUAAACCCAGAAACAACAUCUAGUAUUUUAUCCAGACUAUCUGUACACGCUGAAAAUCCUUUCAACCGAAAUAAAGUGAAAACUGGUGAACACAGAUCCUUUCA